AUGCUGGUCGAUUUGAACGUUGCUUGGCCCCAGGAAGGGUACAACAAAGCAGCUUCCGAGUCAGAUAUCACCAAACUGAAAACGACGCUGCUAACUUUGCACGGAUUGGGCUAUACGCAUCUGGUAUUGAACUUCACAGCUAACCACAGUGAUAAAUUCCCAAACAAUGUCAAAGAACUGAAUCCCAUGAAUAUAGCCGAGCGGUUUGGUGAUAUUAUGAAGAGUACCGGGGUAAAAAUCUAUUCGAGGAUAACGUUGAUUAUCGAUGAUCCUUCGAAGGGUCAGUCCCUGUCCAAAAUAUCCCAAGCAUUUGACAUUGUCGCCGCUCUACCCAUCAGCGAGCGUGGGUUGACACUGGCAACUACAAACCUAGAUAUUGACCUGCUGACUUUCAAUUACGGUCAAAGAUUACCCACCAUUUUGAAGCACAAGAGUAUUUGUAGCUGCAUAAAUAGAGGUGUCAAAGUGGAAAUCGUAUACGCGUCUGCGCUACGCGAUAUCAACUCCAGACGGCAAUUUGUCUCAAACGUUCGGAGCGUGGUCCGGAGUUCAAGGUCUCGUGGUGUCGUCGUCAGCAGCGGUGCCCAGUCCCCUUUGGAAUGCAGGAACAUAUUAGGUGUUGGCAGUCUGUUAAGACUAUUGGGUUUGGGGAACGACAAAUGCUCAAAGGCGAUGGGUGAGCUCGCUUCGCUAGUGCUUUUGAAUGGUAGACUGAGGAAUAACAGCUACAAGCACACCGUGGUGGUAGGCGGAGGAGACGAGACCGACAUUGUUGGCGAUCUGGAGGGGAUUCGACGCCAACUAAAAAGAUUAAAAAUAACCAAGCGAUUGCACUCCGCUCCCAACUGA